CUGCAGUGAGAGUGGGAGGGGAGGCGGUCUCUGUCUUGCGCUGUGAAGUGAAUAACGGUACAGUACAACCUUCUCCCUCCAUUCAGCCACAGCUCUGACCCAAGACAGCUGCAAUCACAGAUUAUUAUUAUUUUUUUUUUUACUUUUUCUGUUACGGACACUAUCGAUUCAGCGAUUGUUCCAACCAGGGGACUAUCUUGUGGGCACAUUUGGACACUUUUACGCAUGACGACUUCGAUGACACUUCUCGGGUGACAGCAGGACCUCGUCGCGUAACGACUAAAAGCCCUGAAUCGUUCGGGAAGUUUUAAGUUAAUUGAGCCCUCGUCUGCUGAAGCCAUGUUUUCCAAAGCCACCGCCAACUUUGUUCGCGACAUUGACCCCGAAGGAAGCCUCAUCCACGUGUCCCGAGUGAAUGACUCACACAAACUGGUUCCCAUGGCGCUUGUCGUCAAACGCAAUCGCAUCUGGUUCUGGCAGAAACCGAAAUACCACACCACAGAUUUCAGCCUCAGCGACUUGUUGCAGGGAGACAAGGGACUCAGUCCUGGUGUUUCUGAGGAAGAGUUUCUUUCCUUCGAGGGGAAGUAUGGGGACAAACUCUCGGCGAAGCUGGACACUGAGGCUGGCUCCGUCAGCGGCACACUGGAGGGGUAUGGCACCUCCAAACUGAAGUCGUGUUUUGGCAAGCUGAAGAAAGAGACUCUGGAUGUGACGAAGCUGCUGCAAGACUCCAGCGGCAGGAUGGUUAACAUGGAGCAUGUGCUGGUGCAGCAGCUGGAGAAGCCAGCUGAGGUGCUGGCGGUGGUGAAGGAGCGCAUCUUCACCACGGACUCCUGCUCCGUCAGCCAGACAAAAAAGGAGCAGUGCAUCUUUCAGGGGGUGCUUGGGCUCAUUGGCAUGCUGGGAAGCCCUUUUAAGUUGUGUGUCAAGGAGAGAAACAAGAUCGAAGCAGACAGCGAUGUUUCCUUGAAGAUCCCCUCCGGUACAGUUGUCGCAUAUAGCGUCAUUGAGCUGGAGAUUAAGAAAAAUGGACAAUAUGGAAUUUGUGUAAGACCUGGCGCAAUAGGAGGCAUUGAGGCAGACUCACCCGUAACAACGCCAUCCCAUGAUUUCUUGGACACAAUUGACGGACAAUGCAAUGGGCAGAAAGCUCCAGAAACAGUGCCAUCGAGUGCGUCACAAAAUGGCUCACAUGAGAUGGACCUUUCUCCUCUGGCAGAGCUGCCCCAGUCUGCUCGAUUUGCCUUGUUCAAGUGCCUCCAAGACACUCUGAGGGACAGAGGUGCUCUGUCAUACCUGCAGUGUUUGCUGGAGGACUUGUGUAGCGGUGAAACACUCGACAUGGCCGAACAUGGACAGCUAUCGGGCAGUCAGGAAAUAACGUUUUCAGCCAUACUGGACAGUUACACUGAGGACAGCCAGGGUGGUGUACCUGCUCACCUAAUGGCUGCUCACCUGCUGGUCAGCGCCAUGGAAGAGUUGCCUGAUAAAACUCUGAGCCUCCUGGCGGGAAGCUGUCCUGAAUUCCUGGAGGCCUUCGACACACUGAUGACCAGGUUAAAGGACAGCAGCGAGCCUCUCUCCAUCCAGUGUCUUCCAGUCCUGCUGCAGGACAACCAGGCCUUCCAACUUGCUGAGCAGCUGCUCAGUUCCACCAACGUGACCUUGGGAGAGAUGCAGACUGGCUACAGAUGGAGACAGGAAACCAAGCGGGAGUUCCCUGCGUGGUCCUCUGUCUCAGCAUACAGGGUUUGUCUAUGCUGAGCAGAGGGCUGGAGGAGUAGAGGUGUCUUCAUCUGCACUUUCUUCCAAUUUCUAUAGACUGUAUUCAAGACGUUUAUUUCUUUGUUGUAAAAUGAAUUUGGAUUAAGCUUAUUGGAGUCUGUUUUAAAACAUUUAAAAACAACAUUUUAUUAAUAACUAUGUAACGUAGAGAUAUUAUAUAAUUGUAUUGUUCUCCCAAAUGUUUUUGUUACCAGGCAAAGACUUCGUAUUUUUGUAUAAAGAAAUAAAUAUAUUUUAUGCAAUGAAUUUGUGUAAGUUGGGGCAGCUCAUAAAUGGUUCAUACGAGUGUCUCACUAGUAUUGCUUGUAAGCCAUUGAGAACUUUAGAAUGCACCUUAUAUUAAUCUGUCCAACAGAUGAUUUGUGUAUUUUAUAAAUCCAGUUUUAAAAAAAAAACAUUUGCUAAAACUUGUUUUUACACCAAUACUUACCGUUACCUUGUUGUAUCGACUCUGUCAAGCUUUUUGGAAGCUUGAUCCAAAGGCAACUGGACUUAUGAGAUAGAUAUAAGAUAUUGAAGACGUUUCACCUCUCCUUCAGUUCUAAACUAACUGGUGGAUGGAGCUGGAAAUUUAAGCCUCUGAGGAUCAUCAGCUCCGUCCAUCAGACAGUUUAGAACCAAAGAAAACUUUCAGCGGAGAGGUGAAACGUCUUCAAGAUCUUAAAUCAGGUCCUGUUGCCUUUGGAUCAAGCUUCAAAUUUACAUUUUCUGUCCUGGAGGUCUGAAAACCUACACAGAGUGUAUUUUAUUGCUGCUACUGCUUGAUUAAACCAUGCAUUCAUUUUCUAGUUUUAUUUACGAAGAAAACAACAUUUUAAGCAUUCCCUGAUAUAUUGGAAUUUAAUGCAAAAUCAUACAAAACAUAAUGUUAUGAUUUAUGACUUGUAUUGAUGUUUCAGUGUUCAAAUCAUGUGUACCUGAGCUAUAAAGUUUAUGAAGCUACCUUUGAAAUGCAACUAUUACCACUCUCUGUUAACAUUCAUAUUUCAUAUUAUGUGUUAAGAAAAAGACUUUACAUAUUUAUUUCAUAUUCUUUGAAAAACAAGAAAAGUUUUCAUGUAAGUCUUUGGGUCAGUGUUUUAAUAACGUUACAACAGUUUAUCAUUGAUCCUGAAUCAAUGUAUUUUUGGUAAACGUUUAUCAUUGGGAUUAAUCUGUGUACUCUAUUUAAAAAAAGGUCACAUCAGAUACACUUUUAGCAUAUUUUUUACAUAUUUUAUUGAAACUGUUCAUUACAGAGUUUUAAUGUCUGAGGUCUCAAUCCGCCUUUGUAUGAUGUUUUCAGGAACCAUGUUUAUUUUCACAUACCAAAUAAACCACAGUCACCCAUGUU